UAAGCAAGAAGUUUGGGGCCUUCAUUGAACCAUGUUUCAUAUCCAAAGAUGAAUUAAAAGGCAAGCAAAGUACUUGGGAUCAUCAGCAGGAGAUUACCAGAUGCAUUUUAAAAGUGCUACUUGAAGGCAGGAUCACAGAUGGACACAUGAAACAUUACAAAUAGCUACUACCUACAGAUGUUAUCACAAUUCCUUACAGUGGAAGGCAUGGAUUGGGACGCACGCCUCAGUUCUAUAUUGGUUGAAACAGACAGCAACAUGGCCAAAAUUAAGCAACAUCUAAACACAGACAGCAUCUCUUCCAAAGCUGAUUUGUUAGUGGGCAGAAUAAAUAUUGGGAGUCCUGUUCCAACUCAGCCACCCUUGCAUUUCACAUGUGGAAUUCACCCGUGCUGUAGAAUGGCCAAUGAGGAACUUUCAACUAUCAGCCAGCAACUACAUUCACAAGCCCAGAUUAUAGAGUCACUCACCCAAGCAGUACGUCGGCUCAAACAAGAGAAAGAACAGCAGCAGCAGAGUAUCAAUCACCUAGAAGGUGAAAUGAAUCGCCUACAGCACAAUUCACCUGGUAACUUUGAAUCAUUGCUGGGAUGCAGGAUGGAAGGGUUGAAGAAUGAGCUCUGCAGCCUUCGACAACAUGUGCUUCAUCAGUCAGAUGGGGAUUGUACUCCUGAUCUGUUUUCCUGUCCUGGUGUCAUGCAAGAUACUUUGGAGAGUAAAAAAAUCCUAUGGCAAGAAUACGAGUGCAUCAAAAGAGAGAUAGAUCAGCUGAAACAUAAACUUGAUUGCCAAGAAGAGGAACUAUACAAUCAAGUUUCUGCAACUCAUGAGAUUAAGAGAAUCCAAAACCGGUACUGUAAGAUGUUGGAAGAAUUAAUAAACACUCAUAAAGCUCAGGUUCAGGAUUUUGGCAAAACAAGGAAUGAAACUCAGAACACCCAACAGGAGCUUAAUGUUGUCAAAUCUACAAUGACUGAUCUAAAAGAACAGGUGAAAUGUCUCAGCUUAGAAGACAAGUAUACUAUGCAACCCAAGGAGGAUAGCACUGAUCUGGAAAAGAAUGAAGAGUUACUGCAUGAAGAAGACUUAUCUUUCUCCUUUAGUAGUGAUGAUUCCAUCUCUGAGUUCAGUCUCACAGAUGUCAGCUCGGAUGAACUUUUCAGUGAAACAGAAGAUGUACAACUUGUUGAUGACAAGGUUUCUAUACCAAGUUUGAAACUGGAGAAUAUCCCUGGAGAGGCAAUUGGUGGCAUGUUGGAGAGGACAGAAAUCAGCAGUGAAUUAUCCACCAGUUUGCCUGAGCUGAACUUCAGUGACCUUUAAAGCAUCAUUUAAGGGCUGCCUCAUGCUUUUUAAUGAGGAAACAAAUUAAAGAGAGGAAAAAACAUGAGUUGUUUUCAACAUGAUACGAUGCUUUUGUGCAGAUAUUGCACGAGGUAGGAGGAGGAGUGAUCUUAGCCCAUGUCAUGUUGGUAUGUCAGGAUUUGCUGGAUAGAUCUGGAAUCAUUUCAAGGACACAGUGUUAAUAGCUUCCAGUGUCUCUUUCUAGAAAUGAAACAAUGGUAUUAAUUAAUCCCAAUGUACAUCAAAUAUGAUAUAUAUCUUUUUUUUCCAAAACUUAAAUAGUCUGUAACCUAACACAGGCAAAAAAAAAUAUUCUGGAAGUUAAUUCAUCUUAAACUACAAAGCCUGUUAAUUUGGUCAGUAUCUGUAAUCCAGGAAAGAAGGAAACAUCUACUAAAGGACAGAAGAGCCUAUACUAUAUUACAUGUAUGAAACCAUUAAUUUGCCAGUGCACCAGCAGGUGAUUAAGACAAACUUUGCUGUAUAUUGGAUGCAUGUUACAGUUUUGUGGUAGUAGACAAAUUUUCUGGACAGUGGGUAGCUCAUGUCUUGUUCAGGAGCAGCUGGAAUUAUUGGAUAAUUCUGGGUGUGCCCAUCUUGUUUUCUUCGCCACUGAGCUGUUACACUGUAGUCUUUGGAGUCAUAAGGGAACUAAUUUGUCUAAGUGACAGUGUGUCCAAGAUUACUGAUUUUGGAUUAGAUGGGAAAGAAAUCAGUGUAGCUUCUUAAUUAUCAUGCCUUCAGUCAUGUUCAGUGAAUGGCAAAUGUUAAAAUAAAAUCUAAAAGUCAUGCUAUAGUUAGGUUUUUAUCCAAGUUAAAACUUAGCCUAUAUUAUUUAAGUCAAUGAGGAAAUACGUCAAAGUACAUGUGGAUUUAUUUGUGAUGAAGUUCUCCUUAGGUUGCAUUGUUCACUACACUUUUGAAUAGAAGAAUAUUGCAAUAAAGGUUACUUUCUCCUUGACAACUUUAUGGUUAAAAUCAUACACGCAUGCAAGACAUCCUUGCAACUUUUAAAAUGAAAGAUUUCCAGUUGUGGGAAUUAUUAACAGAAAAGUCAUGAGUGACUUGAAAAAUAAAGCUACAGUAUAAGAAUAUAGCAUAUUAGGUGUCUCUAAUAUUACAUCUCUCAAAUGUGUAAUCUUUGCAUUUUUGUUAAAGUCUGGAUUUAAUUUGUGCAGUGAUGCAUUCUUAUUGAUUUAAAAAACAACUUAAAAAAUAAGGCAUGUUUUCCUCGCCAAUGUUUCAUCUUGCUUUUCUCAGUAUAUGGGAUUCUCAUUUUACUCAUGGAAGUAGAAAAGCAUAUUGAGCAAAUAAACUUUUUGAGAAAACCAUUAUUAUCUGAAUUGCUAUCCCAGAAUUCUUAAUCAGAGAAGGUCCCACACUUAGGCAUCUUUAUAGUUACAAAUUAACUAAUCAGAAUAGAUUUAUGCAAAAGCUGUUUAUCUUUUUCUGAACCAUCCAGUUUCAAAGAUAAGAUUAAAUUAAUUUUGAAUUGCAGCUCUUACAGUUGCAUCUUUUUCCAAGGUCUAGAUGGAGUAGAGCCUGCUAAAAUUGUCAUGAAGUCCUCAAUCUUAUUCUGAUUAACAGAGCCCCUGGAAUUCCUGUAGGUAUGACAUAUCAGCAUACUGUACAAAGCUGCAUCUCUGUGUUGAAAAAGUGCCUUGAAUAGGAACCACCCCAAUCUCAGGGUAAAAGUAAUUUCAGAAGAGGAAAAGGGUUACAGGCAAGGGAGAGGAGAAAAGGUGAGGAAUUAGCAACAGGAGAUUUAAUCAGUGGAUAGUCCAAUAGUUCAGAGAGUGAUGGGAAGAAGCAAGGGUUGAUCCCACACUUUGCAUUCAUGAUCUGUUUGCUUCAGAUUUGGGGAAACAUAGAUAGAGAAGUCAAAUUCAGUGAUCUCUGGACAGAACAAUUUAUCAUAAUGAAUGUAGCUGAUUGUAUUAAUGCAAUAAAGCUUGCAUGUAUUCAUCAAUAAACUGGACUUUGAUAGAAAUAA